CAAAUCGCCAAUAAAUCUCAUUAUCUCCCCCAGAAUCUACUCCACAUCUUUUAACUCUCCCACUCCCUCAAUUUACAAUCGGCGAAAAGGAUUAAGCGGGUCGACCCAGAUGGCAGAAGAUCCAAUCAUCGCAACAGAUAAUUCUCUAAAAAAACUGGAACUAGAAAGAUCAGAUGACACGGUUAGCAGGUUCUUAGGAGGCUUAAACCACACCAUAAGAAAACUCGUAUUUCGGGUCAUUUCUUCGGGUCCGAUCCCACAACAUAUUGCCUUCAUCCUUGACGGAAACCGAAGGUUCGCCAAGAAAUGGAAGAUGACUGAAGGCGCAGGCCACAAAGCCGGGUUUCUAGCACUCAUGUCGGUCCUAAAAUACUGCUACGAGAUCGGAGUCAAGUACGUAACCGUCUACGCAUUCAGCCUCGACAAUUUCAAUCGACGCCCGGAUGAAGUCCAAUACGUAAUGGACUUGAUGCAAGAAAAGAUCGAAGGGUUUCUGAAAGAACUGAGCCUCGUCAACAAAUAUGGAGUUAGAGUCAUGUUUAUUGGCGAUCUGAAACGAUUAUACGAGCCAGUUAGGGUUGCAGCCGAGAAGGCAAUGGCAGCCACGGCUGGUAACACGAAAACGUAUCUUUUGGUGUGCGUUGCGUAUACUUCGUCCCACGAGAUCCCGCGAGCCGUUUACGAAUCGUGUGAAGAAAAGAACGGAGUGAUGAAUGAAAAUGGAAGUGUUAAUGGGGAUGUUAAUACUGGUAAUGGCUCUGAGGUGGUGGUGAAAAUGGUGGACAUUGAGAAGCAUAUGUAUAUGGCGGUGGCACCUGAUCCUGAUAUAUUGGUUCGGAGCUCCGGCGAGACGCGGCUGAGCAACUUUCUGCUGUGGCAAACCACCAACUGUUUGUUGUAUUCGCCGAAAGAGUUGUGGCCGGAGAUGGGGUUUUGGCCGCUGGUUUCUUGUAUCUUGGAGUUUCAGAAGAAUUAUAAGUAUCUGGAGAAGAAGAAGAAGCAGGCUUAAUUAAUAAUCAUGACUUAUUGAGAUUAGUUUGUAAUAACGGUGGUGUUGUCGAUUAAGGACUUAAUAAUUCAGUAGUUGGAAUA